CUACGUUGUCAUACUUACAGAGUCCAUUAUAGAAUACAGUUUGGUAACAUAGAUUCAUACAAAAACGUCAUUCCAACUGUCGCAGGCUUGUAAGGUAUCUAUGGAAAUUGAAAACGACAAAUUUUGAGGUUGUAAAUUAAUAUUUAUAAUUUUACAUUCUAAUAUUGAUACAACAACAAUAACUAAUAAAAAGCCGAUAUAUAAUUAUCACAUGAUUUCUUCUGUAAAUGAUAAUUAAAUAAAAAGAAGUGUAAAAAUGGAUAACAUAAGCGAGAAACUAAAUCAUUAUUUUGGCCACCGAAAGUUUAAAAGUGAACUUCAAGAACAAGCUGUUAGGGCAAUUGCAAGAGGUGUCCAUGAUGUGUAUGUAUCAAUGCCUACGGGUUCAGGUAAAUCCUUAUGUUUCCAAUUACCAGCAAUGUUGCAAGAUAACAAAGUUGCAAUUGUCUUCUCACCAUUACUGGCCUUAAUAAAAGAUCAAAUAGAUCAUUUAACAAAACUCAAGAUUUCAGCUGAAUCUAUAAAUUCUAAAAUGUCUUCAAAAGACAGAGAACGUGUAUUAAAUGAUUUGAGAAGUAUGAAACCAAAUACAAGAUUCCUUUAUGUGACACCCGAACAAGCUGCAACUGGAACUUUUAAAUCUCUUAUUGAACAUCUAGUCAAAUAUAAGAAGAUUUCAUAUGUAGUUGUUGAUGAAGCUCAUUGUGUAAGCGAAUGGGGUCAUGAUUUUCGUCCUGAUUAUUUAAAACUUGGAGUUCUACGUGAGCAAUAUAAAAGCAUACCUUGGGUAGCACUCACAGCUACUGCAAGUGCAGAAGUUGCUAAUGACAUAUUGUCGAACCUCAAAUUGUUGCAGCCUGUGGCAAAAUACAAAACGCCCAGUUUUAGAAAGAAUCUUUUUUAUGAUGUUAUAUAUCAGAAUUGUAUAGAAGAUGAAAUUGAUCAUUUGUUGGAAUUUUUAAAGAAAUGUUUGGGAGAAGAUGGAAAUGUUAAACCUAAAGAUAAAAAUGCAGCUAUAGUAUAUUGUCGAACAAGAGAUCAAACUGAAGAUAUAGCGAACAUGCUAACGAAAAAGGGAUUAAAAUCGUUUGCUUAUCAUGGAGGUAUGAAGUCGUCAGAUCGUAUAUCCGUUCAAGAGCAGUGGUCGCGUGGCGAGUAUGCAUGUGUAUGUGCAACUAUAUCAUUUGGUAUGGGAGUGGAUAAAGCGAGCGUUAGGGCUGUCGCACAUUGGGGCAUUGCCCAAAAUGUUGCAGCAUAUUAUCAGGAGUCUGGAAGAGCUGGACGAGAUGGAAAACCAGCAUUUUGUCGCAUCUAUUAUUGCCUCAGAGAACGCAAUGCUGUUGAUUUCUUGCUUAAAACUGAAUUGGGGCGUGCGAAAACACCAGAACAGAAAAAAAGAUGUCAAAAUGCAUAUAAAAGUUUCGAAAUUAUGGUCAAGUACUGCGAGGAUGUUAAUCGUGUAUUCGGCAGAUGCCGUCACAAGAUGUUCGCGGAGUACUUCGGCGAGGAGGCGCCGGCGUGCCGCGGGCGCUGCGACGCGUGCGCGGACGAGCGCGGCGUGCGGCGCGCGCUCCAGCAGCACCAGCGCCGCGCCAUGACCGCGCAGCUGGCGCGCGGCGGCUUCGCCUUGCCCCCCGACACCGACGAUCUCUACGGCGGGGGCCGCUGCGGCCAGCAGAGGGAGACAGAAUCAUACUAUAGUGUUGAUAGCGGCGAUUCAGAUGGAGAAAAUAGUAGGCGUCGAGUAGCGGAAGAAACUAAAUCGCUUAUAUUGAAGGAAUUUGCCAAUAGAAAAAAGAAUAUAGAAAAAGACAAGGAUAAACGACAUCAUGAUGAUGCAGAAUCGGCCAAAUAUUCUAAGUGUAAAGCAGCCAGUAGUACAGGGACAAAAGUAAAUGGAUUAACUGUGGCAGGACGCGAAGGCUAUCUCUCUCUUCUUACUGAUGCUUUAAAUAAUAAUUUACAAAAUAUGGAAAAUAUUGAUGUUCCCAACAAACCGUUAUCGCGACGCGAUGUGGAGCAGUGUGCAGUAGAAUUGGAAUAUGAGAUAUUUUCUACCACUACAGUUAUUAGUCUCUACAGACGGUCAAUGUCCAAAUUGAUUUCGUCGAUAAAGACAUGCAAGGACCAUAUCUUUCCGCAGUUAAAAAUGUUUGUGCCUAAUAAACACAAUACGCUUAGUGAAUUUGUAAAAGAAUUCGAAUCACAAAAAUCGCAGUCAAAACACCGGGGUUUUGUGACAGCAUCACAACUUGAAAAUGCAAACCUUGACGGUAAAAACGAGGCAAGACCGUUGUCAAAAGCUGAUAAAGAAACAAAACGGAAAGCUAACUCUUUUAAAAGAGAUCCCUUACAACAGACUAAACUUCAAAGUUUUUUUAAAAAGAAACCUAAUGAGUGUACAAUGUCUAGUACAGAGGAAAGUGAGGAAGACAGUAAUCUUAUUAUAGACUUGUGUAAUGAAAAUGAACAUGAUAACACUACAUUAAAAUUGGAAGAAUCAAUGGAUUCAGAAAAUAAUCACAACAAUACGACGUUAAAAAUAAAUGAUAUUGACACGAAUACUGUAAGGAAGAGUGAAGUGAAAACAUAUGUUAUAAAUAUUACUUUACAAGGUGUACCUAGCACCGAAAAUAAUAAAGUUAAUAAUAAUAAUAACAUACAUAAUAAGCUAUUUGAUAAAACAAAAAUAUUGAAAUCGUCUAAAAACAUAAAUUCCACAGCAAAAAGAAAAAUCAAAGCACUUUUUGGCGAUUCAUCUGAAAGUGAUAUAGAAACAGAACAAAAAAUAUCGAAAAACAGUGAAAAUAAAAAUCACGAAGUAAACUAUGAACAUUUGAGUAAAAAUAAACGUUCACAUCACAAGCGACAUAAAAGUGAUAAAUACGAUAAAAGAAAAAAUGAGAGCAUUCAGACCGAAAAGGACACAAAAGAUCUAAAGCAAAAGGAGGCUUCCUUGGUAUUUGGUGAUUUAUCGGGAAGUGACUCUGACGAUCAAUUAAUAAUUGAUGAAUGUACAGUCCAAAGUGAUGAUGUUAUGAAGGUCAAGACAGACGAUGAAUCCCAUAUAAAAGUAACUGAAUUGAAUGAUGAAAAAAUAGAGGAAGAUUAUAAAUUAAGUGUAGAAGCUGAUAAAGUACUAGAAACAUUAAAGCAGUUUUCUGAAAUUCCUAAAACUGAUCAAUGUAAUAAUAUAACUUCGAUUAUUGCUAAUAACGGCAAUUUAGCUUUGGAUGUAAAUAACGUAAUACAAAACACAGCACUAAGCAAAGAGACAGAUGAUGUAUCGCAGAAACAAAAAGAAUUCUCUGAAGCUAAGAGCAUUUCCGAGAAUAACACUGAAGUUAUAAAAUGUGAUACUAUUAAAUCAUCAUAUAUCCUUAAAGAACAUAAAGCAUCUAAACAUAGAAGUAGUUUAAAUAAAAGUAAUAGUGAAAGACAUAUUUCAAAAAAACUUGAAAGUUCUAGUGCUAAAACUAAACUCACACACAGAACUUUAAAACUGAAAAAAGAUGCAACAAUAAAUAAAGCAGAAAAAGUAGAUCUCGCAGAACUAGUAGUGAAACUUCUUAUGCCAUAUUAUAAGAAGAAAAAGAUAAAUAGUAGGGAUCUUUUUAAAAUCACAGCUCGUCAUAUAGUCCAUCAAUUAUUGGCUAUACAAGUGACUGAAGCUGCUAUUGAUAUGUUACUGAAAAAAGCAUUCAGCAAAGAUUUUAAAAUAGAGAAUGAAAAUGAUUUAGCAAUUAAAUUAGAUUUAAGCAAGUGAUACUGAUUUUUAAUUAUUUAUUAAUGGCAUGUUUUAAAUGCCUAAACUUCUAUUUAAUUAGUUUAUUUAUAUGAUUUAUUAACUGUAAGUGUAUUUAUAUGAUGUCACUUUUCCCAUUUUGAAGUUUGGUCUAU